AUGGUAAUUACACUCUGUAAGAAGUACGAUGGUAUAUUUCAUUUGGCCAGAAGACCUCAGAAAAGUAUGGAUGAGUGGAAUAAUAUUCCAAAAGAAUUUCUCAAUUCCGAAAUAUUGGACAAAACUAAGGGCAUGAAAGCAAAAGAUAUGUCCGCUUAUGAGCGGAUCAAUGUUGGCGAAGACGACCAGUUAAUAAUCGAGGGCUAUAUGCCAUCGCAUGUGCGCUAUAUUUUAUUUAUCAUGUUGGUUAUCAUCUCCUGUGGUAUGGUUUUGAUUAUCAUUACUUGGAAACCAUCCCAAAGAGUUAGAAUCACUCACAGCCGGUGCUCUUUAGAUCAGGCGAACACUGUUGUACUCAAAGAUUCUUUUGGCGAAGAAUAUGUGGAAAAAGUGAUUCAAGGAAUUAAAAGCACCGGAAAUUGCGCUCAUUUUUUCCAUAAAAAAAUCAAAUAUAUUUGGAGAACAGAAUUGAAUCAAUUUGUGAAACUCAAAGGAUUAGAGUCCUAUAAAUGUGGAAUCAUUUACUCAAUGAUCGAAGGCUUGACUUCUAAUGAGGCUAUUCUUCGGUCGCAAUUGUAUGUCCAAAUUAAACCCAUUUGGAAAUUAAUCGUCGAAGAAAUUACGGGUCCUUUUUAUGUGUACCAAAUGUUCAUUUUCACCAUUUGGAUGAUUCAACUCUAUUAUCAAUUCUCCCAAUCAAUUGCUUUAAGAAAAAAAGUUCAUUCGGAGUCAGAAGUAAGUGUUGUUAGAGACGAUACAAUUGUGAAGAAGAAGUCGACAGAAUUAGUUCCGGGAGAUGUGAUCAUAUUGUCGACACAUAACAACCACUUUAUAGUGGAAUGCGAUGCCGUUCUCAUGAGUGGUUCGUGUAUUAUGGAUGAGAGUAUGCUUACCGGCGAAUCGGUUCCCAUCUCUAAAGUAUCCCUCACUGAAGAUCCAAAUUCAUUAUACUAUCCAAAGACUCACAAAAUUAACACAUUAUUCUCUGGAACUCAAUUGUUAGAACAGGCAAAAAUUGGUGAUAUAGCUAUCAUAGUGUUAGAUGUGGCCACGUUUCUGGUGCCACCCCUACUGCCCGCAGUCAUGACCAGUAUUAACGCUCACUCACAACGUCGGCUCAGGAAGAAGGGUGUCUUUUGUCUCAAUCCAAAUGCCAUCAACUGUUGCGGUGGAGUAGAUAUCAUGUGUUUCGAUAAAACAGGAACUUUAACAGAAGACUCGAUAGACUUGUCGGGUGUUGUGCCGGUUCUCGACUAUUCAUUUACAGAACCCAUUCGUGAUGUCUCUAAACUCAAUAUAGAUAACAAACUGUUGCUAUCGUUAGGUUGUUGUCAUUCAUUGAGUGAAACGGAUGACAAAGUGGACGGAGAAAGUCUUGAUAUAAAGCUAUUUGAGGCCAUCAAAUGGCAGUUCAAAUCCGAUUAUUUUAUUUACAAUGAAAUGGCAUUCGAGAGAAAUCCCGAAAGAAUUGUUGGACCGGUUAUGGAGAAUGAGGACCAAAAUGAAGAUAUAUUUGCGUUCGGAAUUGUCAAACAGUUUCCGUUUGAAUCAAUGCUCCAAAGAAUGAUCGUUAUUGUGAAGCAAGCGUUUGAUAACAAAUAUGUAGUACUCAUGAAAGGAGCGCCUGAACUCAUUGUUUCCUUCUGUAAUCAAACAACAGUUCCCAAAGACUGUACGCUUGUAUUGGAAUCGUAUACAAGAGAUGGUCUGAGAGUAUUAGCGACCGCUUCCAAAGAGAUUAACGCAGACUUAGAAACAGUCUUAAAGUUAAGUCGAGAAGAAUUGGAGUCAGAAUUGAUUUUUGAAGGAUUUCUAGUGUUUCAGAAUAUUCUCAAAAAGGAAACGAUUCCUGUUUUGAAAACCUUAAAGAAUGCAAACAUUCGUUCAGUUAUGAUAACCGGCGAUAACUUAUUGACAUCAAUAAGUGUUGGCCGAGAGUGCGGUUUAAUAGAGGAAUCGGAUUCUGUAAUCAAAGUGGAGGCAGAACUGUAUGAAAGCCCGAACCAAAACCAAGCGCUCCGUGAUACCUCUCGAGCUUCUCUGAGAAAACGGCCAAUAAGGGGGACCAUAUUCUCUAGAAUGUCACCCGACCUCAAACUAAACCUGAUAGAAGUGUUUCAAAAACAGGGCCAUCAGGUGGGUAUGUGUGGCGACGGCGCUAAUGAUUGCGGAGCUCUGAGGACAGCAAACGCCGGCAUUUCAUUAUCAGUAGCGGAAGCGUCUGUGGCCUCGCCUUUCACUUACAAAGAGAAAAACAUCUCAUGUGUUCCGAUGCUUAUUAGCGAAGGCAGAGCUACUCUAUCGGCCACUAUCGGUGCCUUUAAAUAUCAGGUGUGCUAUUGUUUUGUAUUACUCGGAGCCGUUCUGAUCCUCUUCUGGGAGGGAAACAAACCAUCAGAUGGUAUGAAGAGUUUGUGUUUGAAUUGUCGCGAACGCAUACGUCGAGGCGUAGCGUGUAUAGUGACCGGUAUAAGAGUCAUUUGUACUAGAGAAUACAGUAGCGUCGGUAGUAAAAGUCAGGGCCUGGGGUUCAGAGAUAUUCCGUUUCAUUUCAAACUAAUAUUAUUCACAAUUUCAAUCGCAAACUUCAUAUUCUGUUACGUAUGGGAAGUGGUUAUACUUCAGGGAAUUGUCUUUAACUGGUUUUUGCCUAAAAUGCGCUCAAUUAGAGCACCAAUACAUCCGUACGAAAAGAUUGAGCUCGAGAUGCAAAGCAGCGACAGUUGGCCACCAGUUAUAAGUCAUCAGCGGUUAGAAUCGGUCGCAAAGGAGAGACGAGCCAAACAUGAGUUCAAUAAAAGAGUGGCCAAAGAGAAGAUGCAAACAAACGCGUGGGUUAUGAGAUCUAACAGUACUGACGAUGAAUUGGAUCCAUACGUCCCGACAAUUAUGACUCAACAGAGCAUCGACUCCCCCGACGACAAUCAAACCUCUCAUCAGUUCUCAACGUUCAGCACAUUUGUUCACAAAACUCAUCACCAAAACACUUCCCAACUACAAGACUCUAUUGAGAACCGGUGGCCAAUGACAACUCAUUCGACGUUUGGGCGAAACGAUGGCAUCGAUCGCUUUGUCCUCGACUUGAGAGCAAUCGUUAGUAUCGUUGGUAUGAUGUCCAACUCUUCGCCAUUUGUGUCUUCACAGUACAGCCAUCCGGGCUUUAAUCCCACAAAAUUGGGUCAAAGAGCGCAACAAAUGAUGGGCGAGCAUCGGCUCCCGAAGGCCCCGAAACCGCCGGACAAGCCGUUGAUGCCGUACAUGAGGUACAGCCGAAAGGUGUGGGAUGUGGUGAAAGGUGAUAAUCCAGACCUAAAGCUGUGGGAAAUCGGCAAAAUCAUAGGACAGAUGUGGAGAGACUUAGGAGACGAUGAGAAACAAGAAUAUAUCGAAGCCUUUGAAGCCGAAAAGUCGUACCACAACUCUCCCGCAUAUCAAUCGUGGAUCUCAGCCAAAGCCAAAGCUCAACGAGUAGGUGAUGACCACAGCAGACAAACGCCAGCCCACGACAGACACACAACCAAUUUGUUGGUGAGAUUUGUUCUUAAAUCCGUUCUUCAGUUCUCAACACUUGAGACAAUCACUCGAGUCUUAUGUCUGAACACUAGUCUAAUCCAAGAGUUGCAUAUUUUUGGUUUUUGCAGCUUUUGCUCUGUUCUCAGCUCUCAGUUGUCGACCAAUCAGUCGAUCGCGACAUCAAUCAGACUAACCGUUCGCUUCUCUUCCCUUCAGGGCUUUCCGUCGCCUCAAAAGCAAUCCGAAGGAAAGGUUUGCAUUCAGGCGGCAGACGAUGACGAAGACUGUGACGAGUUCUCAGUCAAACAUUUAGCCACAGCUCGCUAUCAACGCAAUCACCGACUCAUUAACGAGAUCUUCAGCGACUCUAUUGUUCCCGAUGUCAGGUCUGUCGUGACGAACGCCCGAAUGCAAGUCCUUAAACGUCAGGUCCAGUCGUUAACAAUGCAUCAAAAGAAGUUGGAGGCAGAGCUCCAACAGAUCGAAGAAAAGUUUGUCCACAAAAAGAGAAAAUUCAUUGAAGCGAGCGAUCAGUUCAAGGAAGAGAUCCGCAAGAAGUGCGCGACUAAAGCGGUCGACGCCAACACUUUCAAGAAAAUGGUUGACAAGGCUUUGGAACAGAUUAAGAAAGAUCACGCCCUCAGAGAGGAACAGAUGGUUAAAAACACUGACAAAGUGGAGAAAAUGGAAACUCAAGACGUCGUGACUGAAGCGCCGGUCGAAACGACAGACACCGCAAAAGAGAGCGUUGAGUCUGAAGGACAACAAAUGUCUGCUUUAGAGAACACAGAAGAACCCAAAGACACUCAAAAUACGGAACCGGAGGCCGAGUCUGAGAUGGAAACACAAUCUUCUGAACCCGUGGACCAAAAUAAAGAAGUGAUUACAACCGCAACUACUGAUGAAAACUCGGGCUUCGCUUCAAACGAUAGCCAACAGACGGAUACUAACGAAACAAAUAGCGAUGAAAUAGUGAAAGAGUCGCUAAAAAUAGGCUCCGAUUCUCAAGAAAGCAGUGAUUUGGCGAAAGAGGAGAGCGCCGAAAGUGUGGCACAACAACAAUAA